AUGGAAGGGGAGCGCCUAGCAGAAGCUGGAGAAUUUACACGCCGAGCAUUUUUAAAUAAUAAAUUUGACUUAACCGCAGCUGAAGGUAUUGCGGAUUUAAUUGAGGCAGAAACUAUUUGGCAACAUAGACAGGCGGUAAAACAAUUUGGAGGAGAGCUGGAAGAACUUUAUAAUAGCUGGAAGAAAUCUUUGCUUACCAUCAUUAGCUUAUUAGAGGCAUAUAUUGAUUUUCCCGACGAGGAUAUACCCCCAGAUACAUUAAAUGAGGUUGUAGCCUUAACUACGCAACUAAAAAAUACUAUCAGCAAACAUCUUAAUGAUAACAGACGCGGUGAGUUAUUACGUAGUGGUAUCAAAUUAACUAUUCUUGGUGCUCCCAAUGUUGGGAAAUCUAGCUUGCUGAAUUUUUUAAUGCAAAGAGAUGUCGCUAUUGUAUCAGAUGUUGCAGGAACAACUCGCGAUAUUAUUGAAGGACAUUUAGAUAUAGGGGGCUAUCCAAUUAUAUUGCAAGAUACUGCCGGGCUGCGGAUCUCUGAAGCUUUAUCAAUAACCAAAACCCAUUUCCAAGACUUAGAUUUUCUUAAAAUAAUAGGGAAAGGAAAGAAAGAACGUCUCAUCCCUUGGCUGCCAGUAUCACGGAUUUUAAUAGAACAAUAUUUAAAUAAAUUACCAUAUAAUAUAAACGAUACUGAGCCUAUAUUUAGAGGACAAUUAGGUAAAAAGUUGCAGCCUGCAGUAUUUAAUCGCGAAUUAAUAAAACUACGUCGUAUUUAUGGCCUACCUGAACACCUUUCGGCUCAUUCUUUUAGGCAUAGUUUUGCUUCGCAUUUACUUGAAAAUGGUGCGGAUAUGCGAUCUAUUCAGGAAUUACUUGGACAUAACAGCUUAUCCUCUACCCAGCGUUAUACUAAAAUUAGUUUGCAACAUUUAGAAAAUGUAUAUAAUAUUGCUCAUCCAAUAACAAACGCUAAAAAAGAAUAA